AUGGAUGAGCUACUAUCAUCUCUAAUUAACUAUCGCGUAAAUGAAAAGUUUAAAAACAGCAAUAAUAUUAGUGAUAGAUUAUUAUAUAAAGUUUGGAAUAAUAUAUUUUUAAGAACCGAAAUUCAUAACCAUAUUUUAAUGUUUAUUGAACAUAGUUUUGUAGAUCUUGAUAAUUACCGUUAUGGCAUGUUUAAAGAUAAAUCAUAUAUAACAACACUUGCGUGGUAUGGUCGACUGCCAGAUAAAAAUGAAUUACCACCAUUUUUGACAAAUUUAUAUUUAUACAGUUUUUUUAAAAUAUUGGCCCCAUCAUCUUUACCAAAUACAAUUACAACACUCACACUCAAUGAUUUUAACCAAGUGGUUCUACCCGACACAUUACCAAAUAGUCUUACAACACUCAUAUUCGGUGAUUGUUUUAACCAAGUGGUUCUACCCGGCACAUUACCAAAUAAUCUCACAACACUCAAAUUCGGUGAUUGUUUUAACCAAGUGGUUCUACCCAACACACUACCAAAUAGUCUCACAACACUCACAUUCGGUUGUUUUUUUAACCAAAUAGUUCCACCCGGCACAUUAUCAAACAGUCUUACAACACUCACAUUCGGUAAUGAUUUUAAACAAGUGGUUCUACCGGGCACAUUACCAAAUAGUAUUACAACACUCACAUUCGGUUAUCUUUUUAACCAAAUAGUUCCACCUGGCACAUUAUCAAAUAGUCUCACAACACUCACAUUCGGUAGUUAUUUUAACCAAGUGGUUCUACCCGGCACACUACCAAAUAGUCUCACAACACUCACAUUCGGUAGUCAUUUUAAUCAAACAAUUCCACCUGGUACAUUACCAAAUAGUCUCACAACACUCACACUCGGUAAAUAUUUUAAUCAAGCAAUUCUACCUGACACAUUACCAAAUAGUCUCACAACUCUCACAUUCGGUAUUUAUUUUAACCAAACAAUUCCACCUGGUACAUUACCAAAUAGUCUCACAACACUCACACUCAGUUAUGAUUUUAACCAAGUAGUUCUACCCGGCACAUUACCAAAUAGUCUUACAACACUCACAUUCGGUAAUGGUUAUAACCAAGUGGUUCUACCCAACACAUUACCAAAUAAUCUCACAACACUCACAUUCGGUCAUAAUUUUAACCAAGUAUUUACACCCGGCACAUUAUCAAACAGUCUCACAACACUCACAUUCGGUUCUUAUUUUAACCAAGUACUUACACCCGGCACAUUACCAAAUAGUCUUACAACACUCACAUUCGGUAGUCAUUUUAAUCAAACAAUUCCACCUGGUACAUUACCAAAUAGUCUCACAACACUCACAUUCGAUCAUAGUUUUAACCAAAUAGUUCCACCUGGCACAUUACCAAAUAGUCUCACAACACUCACAUUCGGUCAUAGUUUUAACCAAAUAGUUCCACCCGGCACAUUACCAAAUAGUCUUACAACACUCACAUUCGGUUAUCUUUUUAACCAAAUAGUUCCACCUGGCACAUUAUCAAACAGUCUCACAACACUCACAACACUCACAUUCGGUGAUGGUUAUAACCAAGUGGUUCUACCCAACACAUUACCAAAUAGACUCACAACACUCAGGUUCGGUUAUGGUUUUAAACAGGUAGUUUCACCCAGUACAUUACCAAAUAGUCUCACAAAACUGACAUUGGAUCAUUCAUUUGAAAAUGUAUUUCCACCCCGCUCAUUACCAAAUAGUUAUACCAAAAAAGUUUUAACGUAUGAAUUUUUACCUCCUGAAAUAGAAAUUAUAGAAAUAUUUAUUAUUCAUAUAUAG